AUGGCGUCCUUCCACCCAGCGCUAACAGGUGACGAAAAAAAUCAGGGGAUUUGCGGAGGGAGACUGGUUGUCUGCGUUCGCACGGCUGAUGCUUCGAAACCACCAACGGGCGACCAUGCCGUUCAUCUUUCCGAAAUUCACAAAUCAGUACCAGAUUUGUCCGCUAGUACGGACAAUCACCGAGAAUUGAACAUGAUUGCGCUAAUACUCGUGAUCUACAUCUCUGACCCUAUCUUUCUGUGA